CCUGACUGCUUGAACAGAGCAGCUAACCUUCACUCCGGACUACCGCGCGCGCGCGCCUAUAUAUAUCGUGCUCGCCCACUACGACAAAGGUAGCUAGCAGGGAAGAAACAGAGACCGGUGAACCGGUCCAAGAUCCACAGUGAAAAAAAUAAAAUCCCGGUCCCGUCCCCGUUCCCGGCCGCGAGCGCCAGCUGCUUUGACCGAUUUUGUUUUGAGGGAGCAGUAUUCAUGGCGUCGAUGGAGCUGUUGGGAAGGUCCUUCUUGAAGGGCUCCGCCGGCCCCGCCACCGCCGCGGCGCCCCGCGGCGGGCUCUGUUUCGCGAGCGUGGGGGGAAGAAGGCAGGGGAGGUCGACGAGGAAGACGCUGAGGUCGAAGCCGCCCGUGGGAGCGCUGGCGGAGCGGGUCGUCCUGACGCCGGCGCCGACGGAGAGAGUCGGGCGGCCGGAGGCGCACUCGCAGAGCGUGGCGGCGAGGGCCGUGGUCACCGUGCGGCGGAAGCGGAAGGAGGACGUCAAGGAGCGGGUCGCGGAGCAGAUGGACGCCUACGCCGACAGGGUCGGCCGGAGCGUCCUGCUGGAGCUCGUCAGCACGGAGACCGACCCAAGGAAGGGAGGGCCCAAGAAGAGCAAGAAGUCGAGGCUGGUGGGGUGGUUCGAGAAGAGGGACGUGAAGGCGGAGCUGGUGGUGUACACGGCGGAGUUCACCGUGGACGCGGCCUUCGGCGAGCCGGGCGCCGUCACGGUGCUCAACCGGCACCAGCGCGAGUUCUUCAUCGAGAGCAUCGUGGUGGAGGGCUUCCCGUCCGGCCCGGCCCACUUCACCUGCAACUCCUGGGUCCAGCCCACCCGCGUCAGCGGCGGCGUCACCCCUCGCGUCUUCUUCACCAACAAGCCGUACCUGCCGUCCAAGACGCCCGCGGGGCUGAGGGAGCUCCGGCGCCGGGAGCUCAAGGAGCUGCGCGGCAGCGGCACCGGCGAGCGGAGGAUCACCGACCGAGCCUACGACUACGACGUGUACAACGACCUCGGCAACCCGGACAAGGGCGCCGGCUUCGAGCGCCCCGUCCUGGGCGGCGAGGCCAUGCCGUACCCGCGCCGGAUGCGGACAGCCCGGCCCAGCACUAUCACAGACGAGGGCGCGGAGAGCAGGGUGGAGUACCCGGAGCCCAUCUACGUGUCGCGGGACGAGGAGUUCGAGGAAGGCAAGAACGAGAUGCUGUCCGAGGGCGCCAUCAAGGCGCUGCUCCACAACUUCAUGCCGCUGCUGGUGAGCUCCGUGUCCCCCGGCAGCCGCGACUUCGCGGGCUUCCACGACGUCGACAACCUCUUCAAGGAAGGACUGCGCCUCAAGCAGGCACUGCACGACCAGCUCUUCCAGAAGAUCCCCUUUGUCCGCAAGAUCCAGGAGAACAGCGAGGGCCUCCUCCGCUACGACACCCCCGACAUCAUCAAGAAGGACAAGUUCGCGUGGCUGCGCGAUGACGAGUUUGCCAGGCAGGCGCUGGCAGGCAUCAACCCUGUCAACAUCGAGCGUCUUCAGGAGUUCCCACCGGUCAGCAAGCUCGACCCGGCCGUGUACGGCCCGCCGGAGUCGGCGAUCACGGAGGAGCACAUCAUCGGGAACCUGGACGGAAUGACAGUGCAGCAGGCGCUGGAAGAGAACAAGCUGUACAUGUUGGACUACCACGAUAUCUUCAUGCCUUUCCUGGACCGGAUCAAUUCGCUGGACGGCCGGAAGGCGUACGGGACGCGCACGCUCUUCUUCCUCACGGCCGGGGGCACGCUGAAGCCGAUCGCCAUCGAGCUGUGCCUGCCGCCGAUGAAAGAAGACUGCAAGCGCGCGAAGCGGGUGUUCACGCCCCCUGCCGACGCCACCAGCAUCUGGCUGUGGCAGCUCGCCAAGGCGCAUGUCUGCUCCAACGACGCCGGUGUCCACCAGCUCAUCAACCACUGGCUGAGGACGCACGCGUGCAUGGAGCCGUUCAUCAUCUCGGCGCACCGGCAGAUGAGCGCGAUGCACCCCGUGUUCAAGCUGCUCAAGCCGCACAUGCGGUACACGCUCAAGAUCAACGCGCUGGCGCGGCAGAUCCUCAUCAACGGCGACGGCGUCAUCGAGUCCGGCUUCACUCCCGGCCGCUACUGCAUGGAGAUGAGCUCCUUCGCCUACGACAACCUCUGGCGGCUCGACCAGGAAGGCCUCCCCGCCGACCUCAUCAGAAGAGGUAUGGCCGUGGAGGACGCGAGCCAACCGCACGGGCUCCGGCUGCUCAUCGAGGACUACCCGUACGCCACGGACGGGCUGCUCCUCUGGUCGGCCAUCUCGCGGUGGUGCGAGGCCUACGUGGCGGCGUACUACGCGUCCGACGAGGCCGUGCAGUCCGACUACGAGCUCCAAUCCUGGUACGCGGAGGCCGUCCGGUCGGGCCACCCGGACAAGCGCGACGCGCCGUGGUGGCCGCGCCUCUCGACCCCGGGCGACCUCGCUUCCUUGCUCACGACGCUGGUGUGGCUCUGCUCGGCGCAGCACGCGGCGCUCAACUUCGGCCAGUACCCGCUCGGCGGCUACAUCCCGAACCGGCCCCCUUUGAUGCGCCGCCUGGUGCCCGCCGAGGGCGACCCGGAGCACGCCCACCUGGUCGCCGACCCGCACCGCUUCUACCUGUCGGCGCUGCCCAGCCUCACGCAGACCACCACGUUCAUGACCGUCAUCGACACGCUCUCCACGCACUCCGCCGACGAGCAGUACCUCGGGGAGCGGCCCGACGAGGACGACUGGACGGCGGACCCCGCGGCGCUGGCCGCCGCGCGCGAGUUCGCGGCCGAGGUCCGCCGCGCCGAGGAGGAGAUCGAGCGGCGCAACGCCGACCCCGCCCGGCGCAACCGCUGCGGCGCCGGCGUGCUGCCGUACGAGCUCAUGGCGCCGUCGUCCGGCCCGGGCAUCACCUGCCGAGGCGUCCCCAACAGCGUCACCAUCUAGCCCCCAUCCCCAGACAGUAAAUUCAUCGAUCUGUGCGGAUUUUUUUGAGGCUGAUUUGCAAGGAAUUUUCAGCUUCAGUAAGUACUUUGGGCAGGGGAAUGUCUCAGGAAAAAAGGUAGAUAAAAUUUGCUGUGACUUCCACCCCCAUAUAGGCCGAAUCGCCAUUGAUUUGGGCCCAAAUAGGAGAAGAUUCUAUUUUGUAACUCCGUAGUAGUAUAGUACAGUGUGUAAAUAACUCUGUAUGCUUUAUAGGCAAGGGAUUCCAAUAAGAUCAAACGAUGGAAAUGUGGGAUCUUCAGAAUACUACCUAUGCUUGCAAACUUGGGGUGCGAAAUU